AUGAGGACAUCAAUCCUGGUCUCAGGUGGAGGUUCAGGUUCAUCCUCCUUCUCCUUGUCCUCCGGGUCUUCUUGGCGCUCCUCGCUGCGCCCACGGCUGCGACUCCUGGACCUGGACCUGGACCUGGACCUGGACCUAGACCUGGACCUGGAUUUAGACUUGGACUUGGAUUUGGAUCUAGACCUGGACCUGGACCUCGACCUCGACUUGGGAGACUUUUUCUCCUCAUCAGAGCUGAUGUCCGAAGCAUCUCCAAAGAGCGCGUCUGCUGUUGGCUUCACAGUCUUCGCUGGUGUCUCUUCUUCAGAGUCACUAUCGAUCAACGCUCGGUGGCGCUUUGCUUUCUUUGCCUCCACGUCGGACUCAGUCGUUUCCAGGUCAGCGAGACUUCCGGGAGAACCUGAUCUAGAUCUAUUUUUAGAACUUUCUGGAGAUCCAGAUCUAGAUCUUUGGUUUUUAACACUACCUGGAGAUCCAGAUCUAGAUCUAUUUUUAGGACUUCCUGGAGAUCCAGAUCUAGAUCUAUCACCUUUUGCACUUACUGGAGUCCCAGAUCUAGACCUAUCUUCUUUAUUACUCCCUGGAGAAGCAGACCUGGACCUAGAUCCAGAUCUGGACCUUGACUUCUUGCUUCCAGGACUUCCUUGA